GGGCUCAGCCACGUCAUCCACGGGGGCCACUCGGCAGCUGGCAGUGAAUUCUGGGAGUCAAGAUGGCGGCAGCUGCUGCAGGCAGUAUUCGAGAGAGACAAACAGUGGCUUUGAAGCGUAUGCUGAAUUUCAAUGUGCCGCAUGUUAAAAACAGCACUGGAGAACCUGUGUGGAAGGUGCUCAUUUAUGACCGAUUUGGCCAAGAUAUCAUCUCUCCUCUGCUAUCUGUGAAGGAACUGAGAGAUAUGGGAAUUACGCUGCACCUGCUUUUGCACUCAGAUCGAGAUCCUAUUCCAGAUGUCCCUGCAGUGUACUUCGUGAUGCCAACUGAAGAGAAUAUAGACAGAAUGUGCCAGGAUCUUCGAAAUCAACUCUAUGAGUCAUACUAUUUAAAUUUCAUUUCUGCUAUUUCAAGAAGUAAACUGGAAGAUAUUGCAAAUGCAGCAUUAGCUGCUAGUGCAGUCACCCAGGUAGCCAAGGUUUUUGACCAGUAUCUCAACUUUAUUACUUUGGAAGAUGAUAUGUUUGUAUUGUGUAAUCAAAAUAAGGAACUCAUUUCAUAUCGAGCCAUUAACAGGCCAGAUAUCACAGACACGGAAAUGGAAACUGUUAUGGAUACUAUUGUUGACAGCCUUUUCUGCUUUUUUGUUACACUAGGUGCUGUUCCUAUAAUCAGAUGUUCAAGAGGAACAGGAGCAGAGAUGGUAGCUGUGAAACUAGAUAAAAAACUUCGUGAAAAUCUGAGAGAUGCACGAAACAGUCUUUUUACAGGUGAUACACUUGGAGCUGGCCAAUUCAGCUUCCAAAGGCCUUUAUUAGUCCUUGUUGACAGAAACAUAGAUUUGGCAACUCCUUUACACCAUACUUGGACUUAUCAAGCCUUGGUGCAUGAUGUACUGGAUUUCCACUUAAACAGAGUUAAUUUGGAAGAAUCAGUAGGAGUGGAAAAUAUUCCAGCUGGUGCAAGGCCAAAGAGAAAAAACAAGAAAUCUUACGAUUUGACUCCAGUUGAUAAGUUUUGGCAGAAACAUAAAGGGAGCCCAUUCCCAGAAGUUGCAGAAUCUGUUCAGCAAGAACUAGAAUCUUACAGAGCACAGGAAGAUGAAGUCAAACGACUUAAAAGCAUUAUGGGACUAGAAGGGGAAGAUGAAGGAGCUAUAAGUAUGCUUUCUGACAAUACUGCUAAGCUAACAUCAGCUGUUAGUUCUUUGCCAGAACUCCUUGAAAAAAAAAGACUUAUUGAUCUCCAUACAAAUGUUGCGACUGCUGUUUUAGAACAUAUAAAGGCAAGAAAACUGGAUGUAUAUUUUGAAUAUGAAGAAAAAAUAAUGAGCAAAACUACUCUGGAUAAGUCUCUUCUAGAUAUAAUAUCAGACCCAGAUGCAGGAACACCAGAAGAUAAAAUGAGGCUGUUCCUUAUCUAUUAUAUAAGUGCACCACAGGCACCGUCUGAGGCUGAUUUGGAGCAGUACAAGAAAGCUUUAACUGAUGCAGGAUGCAACCUUAGUCCCUUGCAAUAUAUCAGACAAUGGAAGGCUUUUGCCAAGAUGGCCUCAACUCCAGCCAGCUAUGGCAAUACUAGCACUAAACCAAUGGGCCUCUUAUCACGAGUCAUGAAUACAGGAUCACAGUUUGUGAUGGAAGGAGUGAAGAACCUGGUAUUAAAACAGCAAAAUCUACCCGUUACACGUAUUUUGGACAAUCUCAUGGAGAUGAAGUCAAACCCUGAAACUGAUGACUAUAGAUAUUUUGAUCCCAAAAUGCUGCGAGGUAAUGACAGUUCAGUUCCAAGGAACAAAAAUCCAUUCCAAGAGGCAAUUGUUUUUGUGGUGGGAGGAGGCAACUACAUUGAAUAUCAAAAUCUUGUCGACUACAUAAAGGGGAAACAAGGCAAACACAUUUUAUAUGGCUGUAGUGAACUUUUCAAUGCUACACAGUUCAUAAAGCAGUUAUCACAACUUGGACAAAAGUAAACCAGAAGAAUAUUAAUACCAGACCCUACUUCCUUGGAACUAUGGAUAAAUGUUAAGAGAGCCAGAUGUUUGUGUCUCUGUAUCAAUGCUGUAACAGGAAAGUAAGAUUUACUUAAUUUUAAUUUUUAAGGAAAUUCUAUACUUAAUAUUAUGUGUACUGAUUAAACAAAGCAUUUCAGAAAUAAAUUUUUAACAUA